AUGGGAACAGACAACGAUAUCACUCAUCUCGAAGAUCCCUCUCCUCAUGGGGAUGGCAACUAUGCCCCCGACGAGGUCCAGAAGGAGAUCACACACCUCCAGGACCCCGAAUGGGUGGCGGCCCAGAAACGAUACAUGCGCAAGUUGAACCUCAUCAUCCUUCCGACAAUCUCUCUUCUUUACUUCUUUGAGUAUCUAGACCGUGGUAAUGUCGCGAAUGCGAAACUGUACGGCCUCGACUCAGGACACGAUUCGGCCCAAGGAGGCGUCGCUCCUGGCUUGCAAAAGCUGACCUCGAGACAAUGGCAACUGGUUGUCAUGAUAUUCUACGUUGGCCUGGUUCUCUGCCAAGUUCCAGGUUGCAUUGGAUACCGCAUCUUCCCUCCUUCGAAGUGGAUCGCGUUCGGAGUCUGCGGUUGGGCCAUCGCAAGCAUGCUACAAUGUGUUGCUUUCAAUCUCAGCGGCUUGCUGGCUUGCCGCGUCUUUAUCGGUGUUUUUGAGGGAUUCUUCGGCACUGGUAUUGUCUACUACCUCUCGCUCUGGUAUCACCGUGCCGAACUGGGAGUAAGAGUGUUCUGGUUUCUUGGCCCUACUGCCAUCGCUGGUGCUUUUGGUGGCCUCAUUGCCUAUGGUAUUGGUCACAUCAAGAGUUCAACCCCAAACUGGAAGUGGCUGUUUCUCAUUGAAGCACUGCCCUGCUUUUGCCUGGGUUUGUUCUGCCUCUACUGGCUGCUAGAUCGCCCUCUCAAGAACUCGCGCUUCUCGGGGAAAGACCAAGAAAUUGCCGAAGCACGCUAUCAUAGCGAGUCCUUUGACAAGACUGGAAAGAUCCAGAAGAAGCACCUUAUAUGGGUCUUCACAGACUGGCGCCUCUAUGUACAGGCUGCCAUUUAUGUCCCCACAGCGGCCCUUCUGUCAUCAAUCUCCGGCUUCUUGCCGACCAUUAUAUCGAACCUUGGCUACAAGGAGCCAACAACCGCGAAUUUGAUGACAGUGCCUCCCUACGCCUGUUCCUUUGUGAUCAUGUUUCUCGCCUCAUGGCUCUCGGAUCGCUACCGCACGCGUGGCAUUCCCAUCGUCAUACUCAUGUCCAUCGGCACUAUUGCCUACGCCCUGCUCGCAACGCUGCCCGAGGCCCAACUACGGGGCAAGUACGCCUGCGUCUGCAUCGCCGUCGCCUGCGUGUACGCAACCUACCCGCCCACCCAUGCCUGGGCCGCCAACAACUUUGGCAACGAGACCAAGCGAGCCGUGGGCAUGGGCUACUACACUGCCAUCGGAAACUUGGGCUCCAUCGCCGGCACAUUUGUGUAUCCUGCCACCGACGCGCCGCAGUUCAAGAAGGGGCACUUCAUCUGCAUGGGUCUCUGCAUUGCCACGGCGUUAUUGUCAGCGGGCAACUCUGCGGUGCUGGCGUGGCUGAACCGAUACAGGGAUAGAAAGUAUGGUAAGCCUGUGCCUGGAGCUUCGAUUGAUGUGACGGAGCUGGCGGACAACAGCCCUCAAUUUCGGUUCAUGACUUGA